AGUCGCAAAUGUCAUGUCGUCGUUACCGUCAGCAAUUCGAUUUGAUUUUGGUUGGUAGUGUUCGGUAUUCGUAUAUUUAAUAGAAAUUUUGUUUAAAACAAUCGGUUUAUAAAUCAUCUCGAACAAGGCAAAGUGUUUGAUAUAAUCAAAGAAUAUAAAAUUCAAAAUUUUAUUAAACUCAUCUAAAGUAAAAUUCAUACGCAUCAUACGAAUAAUUGAAGAAAAAUGUCUACACAAAAUAUUUGAGCAUGCAGUGGAAAAUUUAAUAAACUACAUACAUUACCUACCUAUUAUUUUAUAUUUUGUCUACAUCAACAUCAACGAUUAACGAAAAGCCAGCAACAAACGGUGAACCACAAGCAAAGCAACCAGUCAUUCAGGCAACGACCAUCGACUUUCAUCGCAAUUCGCUCUCUUCUCAUUAUGUUGCGUCGCAACAAAGCAACAAAAAAUCUGAGGGGCAUCGGUAUUAGUCGGUGACUGUUGUGUCGAAAACAGUAGUAGCAGUGUUGGUGCUACCCUUCAUCAUCAUCAACAGUGCACAAGAAAACAGACAAAAAUAAUACACUAAAUAAAAGCAAAAAAUAAUAAAAGUGUUCAUACUCGCGCGCGCCGCUGUUCUUUCUAUCUAUCGUAACGUCACCGGUUCUCACAUUGUGCACCACUCGUCUGCUCGUUUGUUGGCCGCUUACUCGUUCGCACGUUUAUAUAGUGUUAAAAAUGUAAAGCGGAAUACAAAGUAAAGAAAAAAACGAAAUUGUAACAAAUAAAAAUUGAGUGCAUGGAAAACCAAAGAAAGUGUUUAAAAAUAAGAAAGCAAGUAGAAUAAAAGAUAAAUAUAAAAUAAAAGCAUCAAAUCAUAAACAAGUAGUAAAAAAAUAUCUAAAUAUUCGUUUUUAUUACUUAGCGACCAAAAUUAUUCAAAAGUCGAAAUAAUAAGUAUAAGUGAGACGAAGAAAAAUAGUGUAUAAAAAAACAGUAACAGUAGUGCAACAAGGGCACUUCCUAAUUUCUACCUGUGUGUCAGACCGUUAUAACGUUUGCGUGUGUGUAUGCGCUUGUGCGAGUUUAUUUAUCAGCUCGCUUUCGCAUAGUAUGCGAUACACGGCAGUUGAUCAAAGCAUAACCAAAAGUUAUAAACGGCAAAAUAACGAUAGCACUAUAUAAUUCAUAUGAAUGUAACAGUAACAGAGCAAACGACACGGUAAUGACGUAGGCACUAUAGUGAAAAUAAAGCAAAAAUAUCGUUUAGUUAUACAAAAUACAGAAGCCACGAAGCUUUUGUCUUGAGUGGUGCUGCUGUGUAGUUCUCAUUUAAUUGAAAUUUUUGCUGAGACGCAAAUUACUUAUUAUCAACGAUAAUUGAGAAAAUGAGGAGCUGUUGUGUAAAAAAAAUACAUGAACUAUGACGCAUCAAAAUCAUCAGACCAACGGCGCUAGUUUGGAGGAUUGCCAUACAAACUUCUUUGCCCUGACUGAUUUAUGCGGAAUUAAAUGGCGUAAGUUCGUAAACAGCGAACGAGUAAACGCGUCAAGUGAUCCAUUAGAUGAUCCCAUCCUGCGCUCCUAUUCACGAUGUAUGCAAGCUGACAUUCUAUGUGUGUGGCGUCGCAUACCGUCCACCAAGCAGGAUAAUUCGGAUUUGAAUCCGAUUUUUGAGAUUAGUACAUCGAAAGUUCAUCCACCACUUUCGUUAGCCGCUGCCAAAGAAUUAUGGAUAUUUUGGUAUGGCGAAGAACCAGACCUUAGUGAAUUGGUGGAUGCGGAAUUGUUGAAAGUUGCCGCAAACCAAGCACUUUGGAAUGGAACAUGGGAACGUGGUCUUACAUACGAGUGCCGCUCACUACUAUUCAAAGCUUUGCACAACUUAAUGGAACGGUUCGUGCUGACCAAAGAUAUUGUGCGUUUUGGUAAAUGGUUUGUUCAGCCGUGCACUUCCAAUGAUCGCCUCUUUGGCCGAAGUUCUCAGCAUCUAUCAUUCUCGUUUACGUUCUUUGUGCAUGGCGACACGGUAUGUGCCUCGAUCGAUUUGAGGGAACACCCUGCGGUGCGUCCCCUAUCAAAAGAGCAUUUAACAGAAGCGGCGGCGGCUUUUGCAGCUGCUGGCAAUUCGCAAACACUGUCGCAAUCUCAUGAACAUGGCAAUGCUACAAAUUUGCCAGAAGAUGUGGCGAGUCCACACAAUCCCAAUAAUGGCUGCGUUGCGGGAGACGGUGUCACCAACUCAAACUCUACCAACCCCUCCGCUUCACCUAAGCCGCGCAGGGUAAUACUAGCGCCAUUUGGUAUGGCAGCAACACUAACCGGUAAUAGCUUUAAAGCUACGGAUCCAAUGGCCGAGAAGAUCUUAGAAGAUUGGGCAUCAUUUUUCCCAUUGUGCAAUAAGGAAAAUUCCGAUGUGCCACCGGUGGUUGAAGUUGUGUCGGGCGGACAUAAAAUGUAUCAUCCCUCAAUUUAUGUACUAGUCACUGAUUUGGAUGACAUGGAGGAAAUGGAAGCGGCUGCGUCGCAAAAGGGCUCAUUGGGCACUACAUCUUCGGCGGAGGCUGCCGCCUUAGCGGCUAUUUCAUCUGCGAAUACAAAUGACUUUACGGGCAACAGUCGAAAGCCAACAUCAACGCAACAACCCGCUAGUUUGCAACAACAACAACAACAAAUACAACAACAACAGUUGCACACUGUCACAACUGUAACAACAGUUGCCACGUCGUGUAGCCAAGCAAACAGCAUUGGGGGUGGUGGCAGUAAUAGCAGUAAUGGCAUUAGCAGCAAUAGCAGUAUUGCAAUGGUUGAGCAACAUUUGCAUGAACUGUCGGCAAGAGCGCAACCCUACUAUGACACCACGGCGAGCAGUUUUACUAGCAACACAACUAAUACUCAUGCCUCACCACAGGCGGCAACCGAAAUGCCAGAGCGCGUAUGGCAGGAUUGCAUAACGAAUACGUUGCAUGUGACAUAUGCGGCCAGCGUUGCUGCUACAGCAAUGAGUACCGGCGCCACAACCGCGCAAAUAACUUGUUCAUCCCUUUCUACUACCACCGGCGGAGUAUCAACCACAACUGCCACAGGCAGUGGUACAGUAGGUGGCGAGGAUUGCAAUUCCACCAGUGGUAAUAAUGGCAACAACGACAACAGUGCUGGUAGCGGUGGCGGCGGUGGCAGCAGUAGUGGCGGUUGUAGUUCCAUGGACACGCAAAAUGCCAACACAAAAGCCGGCGACGCAAAUGAAAUGGAGGCCAAACUACGAAUUCAGCAACUGCAAUUUUGGGGAUUUGUUGAUCCAAUCGAAAAGGCACCCUGUUCAUGCACAAACAGCAAAAAAACUGCAGCUUCUACUACUUCUUUGUCAAUGACAUCCCCUAUAUAUAGUGUUUCCGGGCCGGCUUCGUCAGUGCGUCUGAGCAACAGCAUGAUGAUGGCAUUGGGUGGCAAAAUGCACACCGGCUCGGCGGUGGGAUGCGGCAGCGGCAGCAGCAGCUACAACAAUAGCCACCAACAACAACAAUAUCGUACAGCUACACCAACAAUAUUAUUUUCGUCGCCAUCAACGGCAACGGCAAUGGCAACAGCAUCAUCGUCUUCGUCUGUAUACCAGAGCAAUGUAAAAAGUACCACAUCUCGUACAACCGUGUGUAUACCAUUCCAUCGGCGACAACAAUAUGACUUAUACACCACCGAUACCGAUAACAGCAUCACUACUGGCAGCGGCGGCGGCGGCGGCAGUAACUAUAUGAAUACAAAUCUAAGCAAUUCGAUAUUGAGGUGUCGUAGCGAAAGCGUUAGCGAUGGCGGUGGCAGUGGUGGCGUUUGCUUUGACGUCGGUGACGGUGCAGUGGACACAGUAGACGCUGCCGCAGCUGCUGCUUCCAAUGGCAUCACUACUAUGCAUUAUCAAACUUCAGACACCAUACCAAAGCAAAGAACUUUGAAUCCCGCAUCGAUGACUCCGCACGACACACCGCACGGCGGCGCUUCAACUUAUUCGCGCAACUCUGUGGGCGACUUGAUGCCUGUGCCCUCGGUGGGUUCGCCUGGUACACCCGCACAAUCGCCUCAUCCGAAUUCAACACUAUCACAGCCGACGUCCGUACCACCGGCCGAUCAAUUGUUAACAAUGAGCCCACGUGCACCACCAUCCGUACCGAAUUUGCAACAACCACCAACACCGAUUGAUCAUCUCUUGGACAAGAAUACACCAGCGCCCACACCCACCGAUCAACAUGAUAAUAAAAGCAUCACAACAUCACCCUAUGUACGGCCUACGCCAAGCGUUGAGCCGCCACCCUCUGUGGAGGCGGGUAAUGGUAAUGGUGGUGGCUCGACUGGUGUGGGACCAAAUGGACCUGGCAGCGUGCCACAGCCACCAAGUGUUGAACGUAGCACACCGACUAUAAGCGGCCAGCAGCAGCAGCAGCAACAACAACAGCAACAAGGUUCACACCCCCAACAGUCACAAGCACAAAUUAUGGGCACAACAGGCUCGGCUGGCCCCCAAUGUGGCACUAUAAGCAUUAAGAAAUUCGAGAUACAACAACCGUCGUUGACUACACUAAGUGCUGAUCAAAUUAAAACCGAACCGGGUUAUGCGCCGACUCCAUUAUCAGGUAGCGGUAGUCGGAAUGGUUUGCCAGUGGUUUCCAUGUCGUCUGCCAUAUCGGCGGCAGAUGCGAUCAACGAUUAUUGGAAAUCGUUUAAGAUGCCAGAAAUAAAAGUAAAGGAUAUCGAUAGUUUCGCCAAUGACGACUGCUCAAAAUAUAAUGUACUGUAUGAUUUCACGUAUCAGAAUGCUUGGGCGAAUCAUCCAAUGAAACGUUCCAAGCUAAACGAUGUGAGCAAACCUUGUCGCAGUAUGUGUACCAAAAAUCUCUAUGAAGGUCAUACUCACUCGAAACCGCUUAUGCCGUCACCUGGCUCAGUAUAUGGUUCGCAGCUACUCUCUAUAGAUGCUUCCCUCAAUUCGCUUACUAGUUCCGUCAUGAAUGCGUCGUCUGCGAGUGGUAGUAGCAGUGGCGGCUUGGUGGGCAUAGCCGCACAUUGUGGCAAUUUGACAAAUAUCAAGGAAGAAAAUGUGGGUAGUGAUGGCAAUGGCAAUGGCAGCGGUUACUUUCGUGGUCUUGACAUACAAACCACAGAUGCGCUACAGGGUACAGCCUCGCCUUGCAAGGAUGGCAAAAGUAGCGCAAGUGGUAAUCUGUAUACCGCUGAAGGCUUAAAUCCGACAAUGAACGAUCUGGAACAGCUGUUUGAGACAUCGAACGAUGGUUGCGGCAGCGUGCAAAUACAUACACCGCCCGACUCGAACAACCCAUCCAAUGGCUCUACUGCAACGACCACAAUUGAUGAUCUUAAGCGCAGCACUGCAGUUGCUGCUGCCGUGAACGCCAGUGCGGUCGCGAUUGCUGCAUUGCAAAACUGCACGAAUACACCGAAUGCCUCGAAUAGUAUAGGUAAUAACGGUAGCAGUAAUGGUGGCGGUACCGGCGGUUCCAGUAUGGCGGAGGAUCUGACCAAGAUGUUUCCUACACCACCGUCACACGAACAGCAUCAUCCUAAUUCCAGUCCGUGCCAAAUGGACAUUCAAAUGACGGAUCUCAGUGUAAUUACUGCUGCAACCGCAAUAUCAGGCAGCUUGGAUGCCGGUAUCGGCGGUAUGAUUAAAAUCAAACAAGAAUAUUUUGCCGAACUGGGUAGUCCCGUUGAAGAGCCAAUUGAAGAUUGGUCAUAUGUUUAUCGGCCGCCGAAGCGUGCAAAGUUUGUGGGCUCAUCCAAAUAUGCGCCUCUAACAAACCUACCUAGUCAAACGCUACCGCCAUUGGCGAUACCAACAAAUUGCACUUAUAAACCAUCGUGGACAACACAGAAAUCACGUGCUGUGGUCGCGGCACAAGCUGCGGCAGCGCAACAGCAGCAACAACAACAGUUACAACAGCAACAGCAACUGCAACAACAACAUCAACAACUACACGAACUUCUCUCAGCAGCGCCGCGCACACCAUUACAGCAACCGCGCACACCUUUGGGCCCCAUACCAUCACCAAUGCACACCAACACGGUGCCCACGCCGUUAAGUAGUGGUGGUGGUGGCGCCGGCGGCGGAAAUAAUCUUUUGCUGAAUCAACUAAACUGUCCGCAGGCAGCACUUACAAAUACACCCGGCAGCACGAGCAUGCAGCAAAUGAUGCAACGCGCCGGCAUGUCACCGAUAUCACCAUCACCCGCCUCGGUGGUGCCGUUUCCCAUGAUGCAACCACAACGGCAUCCACCGCCACCUUAUGAACAGGCUGUGGCCAGUCCAGCCACCUCAACAUCCUCGUAUUUAAAUAAACAGUAUCAUUCGCAGGAGCAUCCGCCAACACCGCAAAGCGUUGGAAUGCCAUCAACACAUCUACCUAGACCGCUGAGCGCAGCUGGUAAUCUGCCAACAACCGGUGUAGCGACUGGCGCUGUGAUGGCGCGUGAGUUGCCCGAAGUUAGCUCUUUGAUCGUGAAUAUUCUGCUGUAUGACACGGCGUUGAAUGUCUUUCGAGAUCAUAAUUUCGAUAGUAGCACUGUUUGUGUGUGUAAUGCGGAUUCUCAGAAAGUGGGUAAUAUACGUGGUGCAGAUUCGGGUGUUUACGUGCCUCUGCCAGGUGGUAGCUUUAAUCCAUUACCGCCUUCAACAACUGCAAGCGGGAGUGCGGCUGUUGCCGGCAUCAGCGGAAAUAGCGGUAGUGGUGGUGGUGGUGGAGCUGCUGGAGGAAACAUGCGCUUGUUAAGUGCCUUUGGCGGUGGCAGUGCUUUGGAUUCACCAGCAUCGCUGCCAGGAACAUCUGGGCAUACGGGAUCAGGUUCAUCUUCCUCUUCGAAUACACCCGCCAGCAAUCAACAUAUUACAGGGUACGUGGACGACGAUCCGGUAGAUUGUACCUGCGGUUUUAGUGCUGUAGUUAAUAGACGACUUGCAUUUCGAGCUGGUCUCUUUUACGAGGAUGAAAUGGAGAUAACCGGUGUUGCCGAAGAUCCCGCCCGGUACCAGAAACAGUCAUUACCUUCCCUGAUAGCAAAUUUGGCGGCCGCCCUCACGCCAUCUGCUGCAAAAUUGACGUCCUCUCUAACCAUUAAGGGCGCUAACUCAUUGUUACCUGCACAAGCAGAUAAGGCUAAUCUUGUACAGCCGGACGCGCAAGCACUCCAACAUGCACACGUCAUCUUCGAUUUAUUACUUGAACAAUGUUCCAUCAUACAAACGUCUAGCAGUUCAGUACACCGCGCCUUACAACGUCACCGCCAUCGUUUAGCACGACAAAGCCGACAACCACAAUCAGUGGCUGCCAUCUCCAACGUAUUAGAAUUCGUGGACGCGAAUGAUGUAAUGUGUUUGGCGCUUGAACAGGCGAGAUUGGCUUUCGAAAGUAAUCGUAUGGAUGUAAAUGAAUUUUCUAGCCAAAACCAACUCUCACCAUUCGACCCCAGCCGACCUGGCGGCGCUAAACGGAAUCAUCAACUCUUUGGUGGCAGACUAACAGUACAUAAGUGGCCGUACAUUCCAGUUGGAUUUUCACGCAGUAAUAAAGAGAUUGUGCGCACCAUGAACUUCAUACAACCAAUGUUGCAAAAUGCAUUCCAUUCGAAAUCUCGCAGUGCGGCGGGCAGCAAAGAUGCUACUUACACAGUAAGCGGACCAUUGACCUGGCGACAGUUCCAUCGUUUGGCCGGACGCGCUUCUGGCCAAUGCGAACCACAACCGAUACCAUCGGUGAUAGUUGGACAUGACAAAGAUUGGGUUUCAGUGGCACCACUAGCCAUACACUAUUGGGACAAACUUCUGUUGGAACCUUAUGCGUAUGCGCGUGACAUUGUGUAUCUAGUUGUGUGUCCGGAAACUGAUUUUGUGGUGCAGAAUACGAGAACAUAUUUUAGAGAAUUGAGUUCUACGUAUGAAAUGUGCAAGUUGGGUCGCCACACGCCCAUUCGCGGUUGGGAUGGAUUGUUGACGGUGGGUCCACGUUCACCAACAGAUAAUACACCAAAUAGCACGCCAUUGGACGAUUGGUUGCGCACCUUAGAUAAUACCGUUAUAGCUGAGAAAAUACGACUGUAUGCGAGCGCGUUUCAUAAUCAAAUAGCGCCGUACCUCAAUCGUGUGCCCGGCGACAAGACGUUGCUUAAUCCACCUGAGAAUAGCAGUUGCCAACCGGGAGCUGGCCGCGAACGUGGCACUAGUAGUCCAAUGGGUAGCAUGAGUUCAAUUCACAGUUCAGUGAGUGGUGUUGAUCAAGACAAAACGCAUAACUCGCCCAAAAUGGAGGGCAUGGAUCAACAACAGCAGCAGCAGCAGCAGCAGCAACUUCAACAUCAGCAGUUGCAACAUAAACAGCAACAACAGCAGCAGCAGCAGCAGCAGCAACAACAACAACAACAGUCUGCUGCCGAAUCGGUCGACAUGAAGCCAGACAUCAAACCCGACACAAAGCCACCAAUUGUACUUAGCGAUCCUUUGGGUAUGGGAGAAACAAUGGAAGAUAUCAAUCAACCGGCAAUUGUGCUCUACGUAGUUGAACCUUUCACAUUCGGUUCCGACUCAUCCGAAUUGGAGCGUUUAGCUUGUAUAGCCUUGUUGCGUUGCUAUGCCGAGCUAUUAAAGACCAUACCGGAUUCGGUACGUGCUAAUAUCAAUAUUCAAAUCAUAUCGUUGGAAUCGAUAGUUGAAUUGGGACGAUCACGUACGCGAAAACGUUUCUCCGACGAAAUCCGAUGCUUGGCAUUGAACAUAUUCUCGCAGUGUCGUCGACAUAUGGUGCACACGCAGGCCGUGAAGAGUCUGACUGGCUUCGGCACAGCCGCCAAUAUGGAAGCAUUCCUAAAAAGCAAAGACGACAAGAAUCGGCAACCAUAUAAAAUGUACACACCACCUUAUGUGUUGGCGCCAAUGCAUGAGAAAAAUGACAAGACAGACUUCUCCCGCCAAUCAUCCAGUAUGCGUGCAUUGAAUGAACAAAAGUAUUCGGUAAUGUAUUGCAAUUAUUGUCUGAGUGAAGAUCAGAGUUGGUUGCUUGCGACCGUGACCGAUGAUCGUGGUGAGAUGUUUGAAAAGAUCAUAAUCAAUAUUGAUGUACCGAAUCGUGCGCGCAGACGUAAGGCGCCGGCGCGACGUGUUGGACUCAAAAAGCUGAUGGAUUUCAUAAUGGGUCUGAUCUCACAGACAGCACAUCAUUGGCGGUUAGUUGUCGGUCGUAUUGGUCGCAUCGGUCAUAGCGAGUUAAAAUCGUGGAGUUCUUUGUUGAGUAAACAAAAUCUACAGAAGGCUUCCAAGCAACUAAAAGAUAUUUGCAAGCAAUGCUCCUUCAUGUAUCCCCCUGGUAUACUCAGCGCCUGCUUGGUUACACUGGAGCCAGAUUCAAAAUUGCGCGUAAUGCCUGAUCAAUUUACGCCGGAUGAACGGUUUUCGCAGAUUUCCAUGCAAAACCCACUAUCCACUCCACAAGAUGUAACAUGCACACACAUACUAGUAUUCCCGACAAGUGCCGUUUGCUUGUCAUUUACACGUCAAUUUCAAAAUGAGCCACAAGUGGAUUUGGAAAAUGAUAUCAUAUUCGAUGAAGAUGACGAAAAUGGCGGCUUCACUGAUGCUGAGCUCAUGGGUGAUCUGCUCGAUUGGGAUCCUCAACCUGGUCGCCUAUCGAAUCACUGCAGCCCUGAUCGCAUGGAAGAUAACCGUAGCUGGCCGAGCGCCGGUGGCAAUAACUUUAACUCAGCACAGCAACAGGAUGUUGAAGAAGUGGGCUCAAUAAAUCAGCAACCGCUAGCCGUGGGCUACAUGGUAUCUACAGCGCCAACUGGACGCAUGCCUUCCUGGUUUUGGGCAGCCUGCCCACAUUUAGAGGAUGUUUGUCCAGUAUUUUUGAAAACGGCAUUGCACCUCCACGUGCCAAACAUACAGACAGCCGACGAUAUACUUAAUUCGACAAAUGCGCAUUCGUCAGCCAUAGAUCAUCCACUGGAUUCCUCACUCACUGCCGAUGUAUUGCGUUUCGUGUUGGAAGGUUACAAUGCCUUGUCAUGGUUAGCCUUGGACUCCAACACGCACGAUCGUCUCUCAUGUUUGCCAAUUAAUGUGCAAAUGCUUAUGGAUCUGUACUAUCUGACAGCAGCGAUUAUGUAAAACCGAAAUUUCAAACAAACAACGCAAGCCAGAUUGUAUAUAUAUAUAUAUAUAUAUAUAUAUAUAAAGAAAAAGUGUCGUCAAUUGUGUAUUGUAAUAUAUAUGCGCUAAGUAGUUAAUAUGCAAGGAAAUGAGUUAAUGUGCAGUAUUUUUAUACGAUAAAUGUGCAGGAUGUCGAUAAUGCGUAUUCAAUAAUGAUUGUUGCAAUUUUAGAUAUUUUAUUAGUUUAAAUUAAAAAGUAAAGAAAAAACGUAAACAAUACAAAAACGCAUUCUAAACAAUUUGGUCGUUGCAAUUGUGUGUAUGUUUCGAAUCUAAUUUUAUGUGUGUUUUAUAUAUUUAUUAUAAUGUUUGAUAGUUUAUACUUUUGUGAUAUAAAGUUGAGGUUAAGAACCAAAAUCAAAUAAUUUCAUAUAUACACUUCCAUAUGCACACAUGUAACAGCAAAUACUUCAAGUUUUAUAUGCACUUCGUCAUAAUGUACCCAAUGUGCCGUUCAAUAUGCAAGUAAACGAUUUUCGAUUCUUAUAUCCGUCGAAUGUUCAAAAACGGUGUAAGCAUUUGUGUGCUUCCGUUUGACAAACUUCCAGACUCUGAUUUGCUUUGACAAAUGUACGCCUUUUUUUUUAUUUUUAUUUUAUUUUUUUUUUUUAUUUUUUAAUUUUUUUUAUUUUUUUUAUUUUUUUUUUUUUUAUUUUUUUUUUUUUUUUAUUUUUUUUUUGUCUAUCAUAUAUUUUUUUGGUUAUGCAAACGUUCAACUGAAAUUUGAAUUAUUUUUUAAUUUAAAAAAUUUAUUAAAAAUUUAUUCAAAUUUAAUUAAAUUUUUUUUUUUUUAUAAAAAUCUUGGCAAAUUUAAAGGUUACCGACGGCACUGUAGCAGCGGUUUUUUUUUUAAUUAAAACUUUUUUUUUCGGGAAGCAUGGCGUAUUUUACUAAAAAAGAAUUAGGAGUGACUUUGCAUUCGAAUAAAAACGUUUCCAUUCAACUAUGUUUACCAUUUUAAUGCAAAAACAUGAAUUGCCUUAUAUUUCACACAAAAUUUUAGAUUAAAUAAAAAGUAAUAUUAAAAAAGUUAAUAAUAAAGUGGAAAAAUGUAAAAGCAAUGACACAACAGUUUUCAAUAAUGACUAAGCAUUAUUGUUAGAUAUACAUAUGAAUAAUUAUAAUUUUACCACUUUUGUAAAUACAAAUAACUGUAAGUUGAACAGCAGGUAGACUUUAACGAAACAAACCAACCACUAAAAUUAUAUUAAAACAAAAAAUCAAUGAACAAAACUAAACAAAAACCGAUUAUGCGCAAAUUCAUAUAAGCAUUUUAUUAAAGUUGAGAGGCGGCUGGCCGCAGUGCCACCAUUUGAGCGUCUCGAAGCAGGCGUAACAAACAAUUGCAUAAUUUUAAGUAAAACUAACAUAUUUAUCAUAAGUAGUUACACACAAUGAUUAAAAUCGAAUUAACAUCUUAUAAGUUACAUAUAUACUUAUAGAUAAAUAGUGUUAGUAGUAACGAGGAAUAUUUUGUAAGACGAUUUCAUUUAAGUGUAGAUAUAAUAAAAUUAUAAUUUUAUACAUAAAUGAAGUUUGCAUACCUAACAUGAUGAGCAGAAUGCACAGCAAAAUGUUGUAAAUGCUGAACUUAAAUAAGGAAAUUUAAUACACAAUGUAUGUAUGUAGUUGAUAAUUAGUAUUAAAUAUUUUAAAUUUAAGCAUAUUUAAUGUAUGGACGAGUUGUAUAAUAAAACAAAAUAUACAUAUAUAAAUAUAUAUUUCUAUAUAUACAUACAUAUGUACGUCUGCAUAUAUAAAAUAGAAAUUAAAUAUUUACAAACUAAAUUUCACUGUCGUACCACACGUGUGAAAUUAUUGCCGGUUCAGUUAUCAAAUACACACAUGUAUGUAUGUAUGAGCGUUUGUGCGUUGAAAAUAUUGUUAGCAUAGUAAAUGUAAUUGUAGUGGAAAAAUUAAAUAAAUCUUGUAUGCAUGUGUGUGUGUGUAAAUUACAUAAAUGAGAGGAGUCUGAGUAGGAGUUGUAGCAAAAAUGCAAAAUUUAUAAACUAUCAAUUUGUGCAUGGAAAACACACACAAAAAAUUAAAAUCUAAGCGAAAAGCUUUCAAUAAUUCACAAUUUGUUAACACAUUUAUUUAUUGAAUAUUUGUAUAUAUAAAUUAUUCUUAUAAGACAACAUUAUGUAUUAUGCUAAUGCACAAAACUACAUUAACUGUAUUGCACGCAAUAUACCUACAUAACUUAAUAUGUGUGUGUGCAUUUUCAGCGAGGUUUUUAGUUGCGCCUGCAAUUUAAAAUUUUUAGAGUCAAGUUUUUUUAAGAUUGAUAUUACGGUUUUUGUGUGCACAGAGAAGGCAUGUGAAAAUUUACAGAAAUUUAAAAACAAAUCGAAAAAUAAAUUUUUUUUAUUUAAAAAAUAUGAAAUGUUUAUUUUCAGAUCAGAUUUUUAUUUAUUUUGUGUUUUUAAAAAUACGUUUUUUAAUUUUUUGUUUCUAAAAAAAAUUUUUUUUAAUUUGUUUUUAAAAAUAUUUUUUUUAAAUAUGUUUUAAAAAUAUUUUUUUUUAAUUUUUUGUUUUUAAAAAUAUUUUUUUUUUAAUUUGUUUUUAAAAAUACUUUUUUUAAUUUGUUUUUAAUUUUUUGUUUUUAAAAAUAUUUUUUUUUCUUUUUUUAAUCUAGCUAUUUUUUUGAAUUUUUCUAUAUAUUUUUAAUAUUUUUAUUUAUUUAUUUUUAAUUAUUAUUAUUAUUUUUUAUUUAUUAUUUUUUUUUAUUAGUAUAUUUUUAUUAUUAUUUUUUUUUUGUUAUUAUUUUUUUAUAUUUUAUUGGUUUUGUAUCGUAGCACCGUUUUGUUAGCAUAGUUUUUGUUUGUUUUGUUGCUUAGCGUGAGAAAGCAUUCAUAGUAAAUUUAAAAAAUGUCGAAAAAUAUAAAUUUUUAUUCCAAGUAAAAAAGGAAUUUUGUUUAUAGAUUACUGGUUGUAAAACAAUUUUUUUCUUUUAUUUAUUAUUUUUUCUUAUGUUUGUUUUUAUUUUAUUUUCUGUUUUUAUUGAGUUUUUCUUCCAUUAUCUUUAUUUGUAUGUUUUUAAUUAUUAUUAUUAAUUUUUUAAAUUAUUAUUUUUUUUAUAUUUUUAUUUUUGUUUUUUUUUUCUUAUUUUUAAUUUUGUUUUUUUUUUCUUAUUUUUAAUUUUUUUUUUCGAUUUUUUUGUUGCAUUAAUUUUUGCAGUGUUCAUUAAUUUUCGUUAAUUUAUGUCGCAGCUCCAUUCUGUUAGCAUAAAUUUUUGUUUUAUCAAAUGCAACACACUUCUCUUUAAUCCUGCCACAACCACACUCACUUACUUUGCAAUCAUUUUCUCUUCAGCUAUUUGUAAAUAUACAAUGUGGUAUUUGUAAGCGAACAAACAAAAAUACUUGUAGCUCUUAAGGAUAUUUCGCAGCUUUGCUGCAUUUCAUUUACAAAAUGUAACUCCUAAAACUGUUUUUUUUUUUUUAAAUGUAACUGUGUGUGUUUGUGCGUGUGUUUGUUUGAUGUGAAUUAUGAAAAUGUACAAAGUGUAGUUUAAAUAAAGGUUAUAAACAAUUACUAGCAUUAUUGCAAUAUUGUUGCAACGGUCCGGCAAUUUAUCGUAUUAUAUUUAUAUUUUGUAAAUAUCAGUCACAGCAGCAAUAGCAGCGAGCUAACGGAGCAAAGCAUAAAAUUAAAUAGCAAUACAUAUAGUGCUGGAAGCACUAUACACACAAAUAUAAAUAUUUAUACUAAAAAUAUGUAAUGAAAUUAUUUAAUACAAUUGGAAUGCAAAUGCCUGAAACUGUUAGUUUGCAGUGUUCAGCAAUAUAACGGUUAAUUUACAUAUAAGUUAAUUUUAUUUUACAACUAUUAUAAUAAACAAAUUAUGCAAAACUGCAUGCAUAUAUACAAAUAUCAUUUAAAGACGUAUUGCUUAACUUUAAAUACAUACAUACACAUACAUACAUAUAUUUCUGCAUAAGAAUUUUUAUAUUUUGUAUUUAGCUACUAAAUCUUAAUUCUUAAAAUGCGCAUAUGUUUUGUAAUAUUAUUUGAAUAUCAUAAAUUUUGGGUCCAAACUUCUCGUUUUAGUUAAUUUAAUUUAGUUUAUUUUUUUAAUUACACAAUUACCUAAGUUUGUUAUAAAAAAUUGUAUGAAAAUAGUUAUGGAUUGUAAACGUUUUGUUUUAUGUGUAAAUUACUUGUAUUUUAAACAUGGACAAAUUUAUAAAACAAAAAAAUACAGCAUAUAUUUUUAAACACACAUA